CCCCUGUGGGUAAGAGCUAACGGUUUCCUGCGGCGGCGUCCGUAAGGGGCGGGGGAGUGGAGGAGUAGGUGGCGAUCCUGCUGCAACCCCAAGAUGAGGGGCUGCGGGGAGUCAGAGCUGAAGUUCGUAGAAGGGGAAGAGGCCGUGGAGGCCCCGGGGCCACCCCCAGAACCACGCGUCCAGGAGCCCCGAGCUCCAGUGCCUGAGCCUGGCCUGGAUCUGAGUCUGAGCCCGCGGCCCGAGAGCCCCGAGCCGCGGAACUGCAGUCCGGGGCGGCGGAAGGGGCGGGCGGACCGGCGGGGCGGGGCUCGGAGGGGGCGGCAGGUCCGUUUCCACCUGGCGCCGUCCUCCCCGGUCCGUCCCGAAUCGCUGCCCGCGGCCGCUGCACCUAGCGACAAGCCCGCGGCGCCGCAGGAGCUGGAGGCGCCCGCGCUGCAGAGUAGCUUGGCCCUGAGCCUCGAGCUGCAGGCCGCGCGGUCCGCAUCCGUGGGCCAGUUUGAUGCCACGAAGGCCGUGGAAGAGCAGCUGAGAAAGUCUUUCCAGAUCCGCUGCGCCCUGGAGGACAGUGUGGCCGAGGGGCUGAACGUGCCGCGCUCCAAGCGGCUCUUCCGGGACCUGGUGAGCCUGCAGGUGCCGGAGGAACAGGUUCUCAACGCUGCGCUGAGGGAGAAAUUGGCGCUUCUGCCGCCGCAGGCCCGAGGUCCGCCCCCGAAGGAGCCACCAGGGCCCGGGCCAGACAUGACCAUCCUGUGCGACCCGGGCACACUAUUUUAUGAAUCUCCGCACCUGGCCCUGGACGGACUGCCUCGUCUACGACUUCAGCCCCGACCCCGCCCUUCAGAGGACACCUUCCUCAUGCAUCGGACACUGCGGCGGUGGGAAGCUUAGACCCCAAAGAUCCGUGGAUUUAUAUUUUUCUGUUAAAAACUUUCAGAAUAAAAUGGUUUUGCUAACAAAUGGGACUCUUUGGGAG